AUGGGCGUUCUUCUUGAAAGUUUGCUGGGCCCGCACCAGGGCUUUCAUUUUGGUUCUUCGUCAUGCGCCAACGCAGAGACAAACACAAAAGCGGUUUCGCAGCUUUGUAAGCAGGGGCUUCUCUCAGGAGGUGCUGCAGGAUCAUCAAUGUCCUCAUCUUCACCACUGACAAGCUGCCUACCAGUUCCAGAUUGGCACCAGGUCGCGAACGCGUCCGCCAGGUGGACCACAUCAGGCAAAAGAAAUAAACCAUUACGCAGCACGAGUUUCAGCCUCAUGUCCGUGAUGAAAAAGCUGAUUCCGCCGCCAUUUCCAGAGAAGCAGCCGUUGAAUGAGUACAAGCUCGUUACCCUCUACCCGCAAAGCCACCACCCGGCCUUAGCGACACAACCGCUGGUGCUGCAGUCGGCGGAGACGCGGAAGCUGAAGGAAGAGACCGAAGGAUCUUUACGGGCGAACGACAUGAACAUGAUAGACCCGGAAACGGGGCAGAAAAUCCCGGAUAACGAGCGGGGGGAGGCGGAGAAGGCUGGGAUUCAGUACGCCGAGGAGAAAAGGUUUCAGGCCAAGGCACCCUUCGGGUUUCCGCUCGAUCCGACCAAUACGCAGGUGCUCUUCCCAGUGCCGGUGGAUUGGUAGGCGGAAGAGUUCUUGAUGUGCGUUUUUUUUGAAUGAACAGCUUCAGUCGAACAUGCGUUGCGAAUGAGAUAGAGAAAGCAGAACUUCUGAGUAUGUAAGCACAUCACAAAUGUAGGAUCUGAUUCGAAUUCAAACCUUGAAUGCAGACAGUUGCAGUUCUUGAAUGUUGUUAUCUUUCUGCGUUGCCAUAGCCGUCGCCAUUUUCGAUUUCAAAG